AUGGAUCAUGGUGAUAAAAUUGUGGGAAAUAAUAUGCUCGAAAAGAGAAAGAAAAAGAGAAAAAGGAAGCAAGCUGAAGACCAUCGGUUUGAAACGGUGGAGGGAUUACGUGGUUCAAAAAGAAGGGAGCAUAAGAAACAGCGUUUGGAAGCAAUGAAAAAGAAACACAAAAAAGUCGACGCAAGAGAGGAUUUGGACUUUCCUGGACGUGAUCUGAUCAAAUUUGGAAGGCAUCCAAAGCUACCCAUGACGCGUCACAAGAGAGGCUCCGUUCCGUUUACAGGCAGUCGAGAACUACAGGAAGCAGAAAGGAUGGACGUCAAGGCCGGGGAUCCACCUUCCUCCACCCGUGAUUACAUCACCUUCACUAUAGUUCCCGUCAUUGUAAUAAUGCAAGGAUGUUAG